CGGCGCGACUUUAAUCAAAAAAUUAUUUCGGCUUAGCUCUCGAUAUGAAGGGCAUCACCUGUGUUUUAUUAGUGUGUGUAUUUAUUUCUUCAAGUCUCGCCCAAUGGGACAAUCAUUGGCAAGCGGGUAGAAGUACCAUUGUGCAUCUUUUUGAAUGGAAAUGGGACGACAUUGCCGACGAAUGUGAAAGGUUUUUGGCACCCAAAGGGUAUGCUGGAGUCCAGAUAUCUCCGCCAAGCGAAAACGUCAUUGUAACCGAUCAGGCUUAUAGACCAUGGUGGGAAAGGUAUCAGCCAAUAAGUUACAACCUUGUUACUAGGUCUGGUAACGAGGAACAAUUCAUUAACAUGGUGAGAAGAUGCAAUAAUGUGGGGGUAAGAAUUUAUGCCGAUGCUGUUAUCAAUCAUAUGACUGGUGAUCGUGGGGAUGCUGUUGGAACAGGUAGUAGCACAGCAGCGACAAGUUCUGAGGAAUAUCCCGCAGUUCCAUACCAUGCUGAACAUUUUCAUCCAUCUUGUUCCGUUAACAAUUACAACGAUGCAAACAAUGUUAGGAACUGCGAAUUAUCUGGUCUUAAAGAUUUGGAUCAGAGUAACAGCUAUGUUGCUGGGAAAAUUAUCGAUUAUAUGAACAAACUCAUAAGCUAUGGAGUUGCCGGAUUUAGAAUUGACGCGGCUAAGCACAUGACUCCUUCCGAUUUGAAAGUGAUUUAUGAUUCUUUAAACGAUCUUAAUACAGAGUAUGGGUUCCCUGCCAAUUCUAAGCCAUUCAUCUAUCAGGAAGUAAUAGAUUUAGGGGGCGAAGCAGUCAAAAGUACCGAAUAUACUGAUUUGGGAAAUGUAAUAGAAUUCAAAUAUAGUUCUAAUAUUGGUCGAGUUUUUCGCGGAAAUGAUAAGUUGACGUCUUUAAGUAAUUGGGGAACAGGUUGGGGAUUCAUCGAUGGACUGAAUGCACUUGUUUUUGUCGAUAAUCACGACAACCAAAGAGGCCACGGUGCCGGAGGUGCCGAAAUUUUAACAUACAAAGUACCAAAGCAAUACAAGAUGGCCAUAGCUUUUAUGUUAGCUCACCCGUUCGGAUCCACACAAGUCAUGUCUAGUUUCGAUUUCGAAAAUAGUGAUGCAGGACCACCUCAUGAUGAUAACGGUAACAUUUUAUCGCCGUCGAUUAACGCUGACGAUACUUGCGGAAAUGGUUGGAUUUGCGAGCAUAGAUGGCGUCAAAUUUACAACAUGGUAGGAUUCAAGAAUGCGGUCGAAGGAACGGAAGUCCAAGAAUGGUGGUCCGAUGGUAACCAACAGAUUUCUUUCUGUCGCGGAAAUGCUGGCUUCGUGGCUUUCACUAACGAAGGUGAUUUACGAAACACGUUACAGACAUGUCUCCCAUCCGGAGUUUACUGUGAUGUUAUCAGUGGAAAAUUAGAUAACGGAGCUUGCACUGGGAAAUCUGUGACUGUGGGCAGCGAUGGUACAGCUCAUAUCGAACUUCUCAGUUCAGAAGAUGACGGAGUACUUGCCAUUCACAUUAACGCAAAACAAUCAUAAACUUUUAAUUCGUCUCUUAAUUAUUUAUUUCCUUGUACUACGUUACUUGUUAAUAAAUUUGAAGCAAUUUAA